GAUGCCGCUGAUUGGCCCAUGAGGCGGCGCGCGCUGAAUUCGUGCACGAGGGUAGGCGAAGCGGCUGGCUCCCCCCGCCCCCUUGUUUGCAUUGUGUGGUGCUUUGCACGCGCAACGCCAGGGCAGCGAGGGAGGGUCUCUCUCGGGCUGAGGAUCCUGAGCAACUUAGGCGACAGUGCUGCUUCCCUGGCGGCAUCUAGCACGAGUACCACGUCCUCCGGAAAGAGAACACAUGAUGGCGGCCGCCCCGGCCGCGGUGGUAGAGGUGAGCGUCAGCAGCACUGGGAGCAGCAGCAGCGACACUUCCAGCACCGGUGAGGAGGAAAGGAUGAAGCGCCUGUUCCAGACCUGCGACGGGGAUGGCGAUGGCUAUAUCAGCAGGAAUGACUUAUUGAUGGUGUGCCGCCAACUGAACAUGGAGGAGUCUGUUGCUGAGAUCAUGCAUCAGCUUGGUGCAGAUGAAAAUGGAAAGAUUUCCUUCCAAGAUUUUACACGAUGUCGCAUGCAGCUUGUGCGAGAAAUCAGGAAAGAAGAAGUAGAGCUCUCUGUGAAAUCAGAUGACUCUUGUAAAAAGAAAACGUUAAGGGACAGAAUAGCUUCCUGGCCAACAAGUAGUGAUAACAGUUUCGGUGCUCUAUCAGGUGCUAGAGAGAGUUGGGAGUAUGAUUCUGGAGCCAGAGACCUUCAGAGUCCUGACUUGCCAAGUCGUUCAACUCUCCAGAAGCUCUUAGAAUAUGGAGGCAACACCAUGAAUCAACAAGUUGUGCUGCAGAAACUGCUUACCCAGGCUUCCAACCUCAGCAAUACGGUUGGAGGAAGUUAUUUAGAACUUGCUAAUACCCUCCACUUAGCAGCUCUGGCAUCACUGAAAGGAGACGUCGUUGAACUUAAUAAACGCCUGCAGCAAACAGAACGGGAGAGGGAUUUGCUAGAAAAGAAAUUGGCAAAGGCACAGUGUGAACAGUCUCACCUAAUGAGAGAACAUGAAGAUGUACAAGAGCGGACGACGCUUCGCUAUGAAGAACGAAUCACAGAGCUCCACAGCAUUAUUGCAGAGUUAAAUAAAAAAAUUGAUCGACUACAAGGAAUUACAAUCAGGGAAGAAGAUGAGUAUUCAGAGCUACGAUCAGAACUUAGUCACAGCCAACAUGAGGCCAAUGAAGAUUCACAUAGUGUGGACCAAGAUCAAGCUUCUGUUUCUGUUCCAGAGAACCAGUCAACCAUGGUCACAGUUGACAUGGAUACCUGUAGUGACUUGAACUCUGAACUGCAGAGAGUGCUGACGGGUCUGGAGAAUGUAGUCUGCGGGAGAAAGAAGAGCAGCUGCAGUUUGUCCGUAGCAGAUGUGGACAGACAUAUCGAGCAGCUCACCACUGCCAGUGAACAUUGUGACCUAGCCAUUAAGACAGUAGAAGAAAUUGAAGGUGUGCUAGGGCGAGACCUAUAUCCAAAUCUGGCAGAAGAAAGGUCUCGAUGGGAGAAAGAACUGGCAGGCCUUCGGGAAGAGAAUGAGAGCCUCACUGCAAUGCUGUGCAGUAAAGAAGAGGAGCUCAACAGGACCAAGGCCACCAUGAACGCUAUCCGGGAAGAACGAGACAGAUUACGUAGAAGGGUUCGAGAACUACAGACACGCUUACAAAGUGUCCAGGCAACUGGCCCAUCAAGUCCUGGUCGUCUCACUCCAGCCAAUCGUCCCAUUAACCCUAGCACUGGCGAACUAAGCACAAGCAGCAGCAGUAAUGACAUUCCCAUUGCCAAGAUUGCUGAGCGAGUAAAACUCUCAAAGACAAGGUCAGAGUCUUCCACAUCAGACCGCCCUGUCCUGGGAUCUGAAAUCAGCAGCAUAGGAGUAUCAAGCAGUGUGGCUGAACAUCUAGCCCAUUCUCUUCAGGACUGUUCCAACAUCCAAGAAAUUUUUCAGACACUCUACUCACAUGGGUCUGCUAUCUCUGAAAGCAAAAUCAGAGAAUUUGAAGUAGAAACUGAACGAUUAAAUAGCCGCAUUGAGCACUUAAAAUCUCAGAAUGAUUUAUUAACAAUAACUCUGGAAGAGUGUAAGAACAAUGCUGAGAGGAUGAGCAUGUUGGUUGGAAAAUAUGAAUCCAAUGCCACAGCCCUCAGGCUUGCACUGCAGUACAGUGAACAGUGCAUUGAAGCCCAUGAGCUGCUGCUAGCAUUGGCAGAAAGCGAACAGUCUCUCAUUCUUGGGCAAUUCAGAGCUGCAGGUGUUGGGUCUGUAGGGGACCAAACAGGCGAUGAAAAUAUCACCCAGAUGCUUAAGAGAGCUCAUGACUGCAGGAAGACAGCUGAGAAUGCAGCCAAAGCCCUGCUGAUGAAAUUGGACGGUAGCUGUGGAGGAGCCUAUGCAAUCACUGGCUGCAUUGUGCAGCCCUGGGAGAGCCUGUCAUCCAACAGCCAUACCAGUACUACCAGCUCAACAGCAAGUAGUUGUGAUACUGAGUUCACAAAGGAGGAUGAACAGAGAUUGAAGGACUACAUUCAGCAGCUGAAGAAUGACCGGGCAGCUGUGAAGCUGACCAUGUUGGAACUGGAGAGCAUCCAUAUUGAUCCCCUUAGUUACGACGUUAAGCCUCGUGGAGAUAGCCAAAGGCUGGAUCUAGAAAAUGCAGUACUCAUGCAGGAACUCAUGGCAAUGAAGAAGACAUGGAACACUGCCUUAGGAACAAGAGGAUUGAGGACGGACGGUAUAAAAUGCAAUGAGGAAAUGGCAGAGCUGAAGGCGCAGCUGUACUUGAUAGAAAAAGAGAAGAAAGCCCUAGAGCUGAAGCUGAGCAGUCGAGAAGCUCAAGAGCAGGCCUACCUGGUCCACAUUGAGCACCUGAAGUCAGAAGUGGAAGAGCAAAAGGAACAGAAAAUGAGAUCCCUCAGCUCAGCUAGCAGCAGCAGCAAAGAUAAGGCAAGUAAGGAAUGUACAGAGAGCACUACAGCAUCAUUAACAUUAGCCGAGCUAAAACCCUAUAGUGAAAAUGAACUGACUACAGAACUGGCAAAUGCGCUCAGACGAGAAAAGAAACUGAAAGCCAGAGUGCAGGAAUUGGUGAGUGCCUUAGAGAGACUGACAAAGAGCAGUGAAAUCCGGCACCAGCAGUCUGCAGAGUUUGUUAAUGACUUGAAAAGAGCAAACAGUAACCUUGUGGCUGCCUAUGAGAAAGCAAAGAAGAAGCAUCAAAACAAGUUGAAGAAACUGGAGUCUCAAAUGAUGGCUAUGGUUGAAAGGCAUGAAACACAAGUGAGAAUGCUCAAACAAAGAAUUGCAUUGCUAGAAGAAGAGAACUCAAGACCCCAUACCAAUGAAACAUCACUUUAAGCAGAGUGAAAGUUUUUUUGUUGUUUUUGUUUUGUUCUGUAAGGGAUCCAUGUGCCAUUGCAAACCUGUCUCCUUGCAGGACUGAUUUAGGUCCUGAACCCAGAAAGGAAUAUGAAACAAACUGGAAGUCAGCAAGUCUCAAGAGAGGCCCUUGCUUCAAAGAUGUCCAGCCAUAAGCAAGAAUCUAAAAGGAAAGGAAAGCUUUUUUUUUAAUGGUUUCCCAUAAUCAGACAGUGCCUGUUAGUAAAUUUAUCUCUUUAUCUAGAUACUAUGUAAUUAUUUUAUUCACACCAUUAAAAGAUCCCUUUUUCUUUAUGGGUGACAGC